CUUUCUGGAUAUCAUAUGCUACCACCAAAUAUACAUGGAUUUGCGAUUCCUAGAGUGCCGUUGUCUUGUUUUGAAAUCUCAGAAGUUGAUAUGCGAGAGUCAUUUUUAACCAUGGCAUCUUUGUGGAAUUCACCGAGUCAUGUGACAAGGAUAUUGGCCCAAGGAAGUGAUUGGAGUACUUUCUUGAAGGUAUCAGCUUUGCUGUACAUUUUUAGGCUGAUGGUUUCACAUUCCUUGAUCAUAGCUAUUGGCGUAGCAUUAGUCCUCGCAUUCACCUUGUUCUUUGUGUACGAGCAAUACGAGGAGGAAAUUGAUGGAAUUGUGAAGGUCGUUUCCAGCAGGGUAACGAAGGAGGUUUCAAAACUACCCAUGCCUUUUUCAAUUUUAUCCCGGAGCAAACCUUCGGGAUCUUCCUAACAUAUAUCGUUAGACAGUUGGCAAUGAUUUGCAUGGUUUUGUUUUCGACUGUAGAUAUGUAUGAUAACUUGUACGAGCAUAUAUGUUACAGCUCAGUGUUUGGUUGAGUGCUUUGUAAUGUUACAUUUCAUUUGGGAUAUAUAGCAUGAUGCCAGUCACUCACUGCAAUUUUAUUUUUA